AUGGACAUCUCUGAGGUUGAAGAUCAUUUAAUCUCAAUUGGCGAGCCCAAGAUGCAUGGUGAAAUGUGUAAGAGCCUAUGUUACAUAUACUCGAAACUGUUGGCAAUAUUUCCUGACCUAGAAGCAGCUCGGCCUAGAAGCACAUCAGGUAUUCAGGCAUUAUGUGCUUUGCACAUAGCACUAGAUAAGGCCAAGAAUCUUCUUCAACACUGUGCAGAAUGCAGUAAACUUUACUUGGCUAUAACUGGAGAGUCUAUUGUUUUGAAAUUUGAGAAAGCGAGAUGUGCCCUUGAAGAUAGUUUAAGGCUCGUCAAAGAUAUCGUUCCACAAGUUAUUGGUUCUCAGAUAGAAGAAAUUUUGGGUGAACUUCAGGAGAUUGUGUUCUCGCUUGAUCCGACUGAAAAGCAAAUUGGUGAUGAGAUCAUUGCAUUACUCCAGCAAGGGAGAAACUUCAACCGCAAUGGCAGUGACAACAAUGAGCUUGAUUCCUUUCACCAGGCUGCUUCUAAACUUUGUAUUACCUCUUCAAGAGCAGCACUUAGAGAGAGAAGGGCAUUGAAGAAACUCAUAGAAAGAGCACAGGCUGAGGAAGACAAAAGAAAGGAGUCAAUCAUUUCUUAUCUUCUGCAUCUUAUGAGAAAGUACUCAAAGUUGUUCAGAACUGAGUUCUCAGAUGACAAUGAUUCACAGGGUUCAACACCUUGUUCACCCACUAUCCAGGGAUCUUUCAAGGAUGGUGGCAGCCUUCCACGCAAUGGUUUUGCUUUUGAAAAUCAACUUUCGAAACUUAGUUCUUUCAAUUUCAAGUCAAACUUCAGGAGAUCAGAGCAGAUGUACGUUGGACCACCUGAAGAGUUAAGGUGUCCAAUAUCAUUGCAACUUAUGUAUGAUCCGGUGAUUAUUGCUUCUGGGCAAACAUAUGAACGGGUCUGUAUAGAGAAGUGGUUCGGCAAUGGGCAUAAUACUUGUCCAAAAAGUCAACAGCAGCUCCCACACCUUUCUUCGACUCCCAAUUACUGUGUUAAGGGUUUGGUGGCUAGCUGGUGUGAACAGAAUGGGAUUCCCAUUCCAGAUGGCCCACCACAGUCACUUGAUCUCAACUAUUGGAGGUUAGCAUUGUCUGAAAGUGAUUAUGCCAAUUCAAAGUCGUCGGAAAGUCCUGGGUUGUGCAAGUACAAGGGUGUUAAGGUGGUACCUUUGAAUGAUAGUGCUAUUAUUGAGGAGGUUGAAAUAAAUGAAGCAGAAGAUGUUACUACACACGAAGAUGAGUGCGAGGUUAAUCCCUUCAAACAGUUUGAUGAUUUUUUGACUGUCUUAGACAAGGAGGAUGACUUGAGGAAGAAGUGCAAAGUAGUAGAACAGAUAAGGCACUUGCUAAAAGAUGAUGAAGAAGCCAGAAUUUAUAUGGGGGCUAAUGGCUUUGUUGAAGCAUUGCUGCAUUUUUUGGAAUCUGCCGUCCGUGCAAGGAAUGGUAUAGCUCAGGAAACUGGAGCGAUGGCUCUCUUCAAUCUUGCUGUAAAUAAUAAUAGAAACAAAGAAAUAAUGUUGGCGUCAGGAGUAGUACCAGUGUUGCAGGAUAUGAUCACGAAUAACGAUUCUAUUGGAGCUGCAACAGCUCUUUACCUGAAUCUUUCCUGCCUUGAAGAGGCAAAGCCCAUCAUUGGAUCUUCCGAGGCUAUCCCUUUCUUGGUUCGGAUCCUCAAGUAUGAAACCGAUGUACAAUGUAAACUUGAUGCUCUUCAUACGAUCUAUAAUCUCUCCAGUUAUUCGACCAAUAUUCCCAUCCUCUUGUCAACUGGCAUUAUCCAUGCCCUCCAAACUCUUAUUACGCAUUCAAGCUGUCACACCUGGAUGGAGAAAUGCAUAGCCAUUUUAAUAAAUUUUGCUUCAAGUAGAAAUGGAAGAGAUGAAAUCGUACUGGCUCCUAGCGUCAUUAGAGGACUUGCAACUGUUUUGGAUGUUGGCGAGCCUGUUGAACAAGAGCAAGCCGCAGCGUGCCUUCUGAUAUUAUGUAAGGGAAACAAGAAGUGCAGUCUAGUAGUUCUUCAAGAAGGGGUGAUCCCUUCCCUCGUCUCAAUUUCAGUAAAUGGGACCGUGAGAGGGAAACAGAAAGCUCAGAAGCUUCUGAUGUUGUUCCGUGAGCAGCGACAGCGGGACCCAUCACCAGUCUCUGCUCAACAAAAACCUGAAAAUGACGAGAUACCCUUGCCGGAUCAAGAUUCAAAGCCAAUAAGCAAGUCGAUCUCAACAAGAAAAGUAGGGAAGGCAUGGAGUUUUUGGUGGAAGAACAAGAGUUUUUCCGUAUAUUAA